AACUGUCAAAGUUGCUGCGUGAUAUUUAUUGUUAUCUUGUUAUUUUUGUGCCGGUUUCAGAAAUAAAUAUUGAAUAUGUCUAGUAAAGCUGCCCUUGUACGCCAACAAUUGGCCAAUAUAAUUAGUUCUGGGGGCACACACAAAGAUCAAGCGGAAAGGUACAGACAGAUUUCAGAGACCAUCCUGUCUUGGACUGGUAUUGAGUUGAUAGAGUGUUUACACUUAUUUAUUGAUGCAAUUGUUAAUGAGAAUGUGAGUUUAGUGAUUUCAAGGCAAAUCUUGACUGAUUUGAGUACACAUCUGAUGAGCCUGCCAGAUGAGAUUUCUCAAGUUGUGUCUCAUUACACUCUGGAGAAAGUACAACCAAGGGUAAUAUCAUUUGAAGAACAGGUUGCAAGCAUAAGGCAACAUUUAUCUGAUAUAUAUGAGAGAAACCAGAACUGGAGGGAGGCUGCUGCUGUUCUUGUUGGCAUUCCCUUAGAAACUGGUCAAAAGCAGUAUUCUGUAGAUUACAAAUUGGAUACAUAUUUGAAAAUUGCUCGACUCUUUCUGGAGGAUGAUGAUCCAGUUCAGGCAGAGGCGUUCAUAAAUAGGGCAUCUUUACUGCAGGCGGAAACAAAAAAUGAACAAUUGCAGAUUUACUACAAAGUCUGCUAUGCUAGGGUUUUAGAUUAUAGAAGGAAAUUUAUAGAGGCCGCUCAGAGGUACAACGAGCUCUCAUACCGCUCGAUAAUCCACGAUGAUGAGCGGAUGACAUCUUUGAGAAGCGCUCUUAUCUGCACCGUACUAGCUUCGGCGGGUCAACAGAGGUCGAGAAUGUUGGCAACACUCUUUAAGGACGAGAGAUGCCAGCAGCUGCCGGCUGUCGCAAUUCUGGAAAAGAUGUACUUGGACAGGAUUAUCCGUAGGUCGGAACUGCAGGAAUUCGAAGCGUUACUUCAGCCACAUCAGAAGGCAACCACAGUGGAUGGGUCGACCAUACUGGAUCGGGCUGUAAUCGAGCAUAACCUACUCUCGGCUAGCAAACUGUACAACAAUAUAACAUUCGAAGAGCUAGGCGCUUUACUGGAAAUCAAUGCAAGCAAGGCAGAAAAAAUUGCUAGUCAGAUGAUUACUGAGGGCAGAAUGCACGGCUACAUAGAUCAAAUCGACUCGAUCGUACAUUUCGAGACAAGGGAAACAUUGCCGCAAUGGGACAAGCAAAUACAAUCUGUUUGUUACCAGGUGAAUUCGGUUAUCGAGUUGAUCACAAAGUCGGAACCGGAGUGGAUUGCUAAAGUCAUGGAGGACCAGAUGGUUUCUUAAACAAUAAUAUAGUGUUAACGAAAGUUCAAUAAUUCUAAUAAUAAAAAUAACGGUUUAAUGUU